AUGAGUAUGAAACGGAGAUUUUAUGAAAUAAUGGACGAGUUCGUUGCAAGCAAGAAAGAUAAUAACUUUUAUCUUAAUAGGGACAAAUACGCAAAGUGCUUGAAGGAAGUAAAAGCUGCAAAGAACAUGAAAAAGAAACAAGCUGUUCAUUACAGGCGUAUAAAGCGUUACGACAUUUUGACUAUAGGCGGUGAAGAAAAACUAAUUGCACCUAUGAAGGAAGAGGAUGGAGAAAUAAGGUAUUACAUUUGUUACGAAGACUUAUUCAAUAUUCUCGAAGAAACGCAUGUUGCUGUUGGCCACGGUGGAAAGACACGGAUGCUUAAGAAAUGUAACCGCAAGUAUAAAAAUGUAACAGUUGAGGCUAUUAUGACAUACUUGAAGCUAUGUCAAAAGAAACAGAAGACUUUGAAAAAGGGCAUUGUCGUCAGACCUAUACUUCACAGUGAAAUGAACUCACGCUGUCAGGUUGAUCUAAUAGAUCUACAAACCAGCCCAUAUGGAAAUUAUAAAUUUAUUUUAGUUUACCAAGACCGUCUUACCAAAUAUGUGAUCCUUCGUGCGCUUCAAACUAAACGCGCCGUAAGUUGCAUACCAUCUUUUGGAUAUUUUCACCACUUUUGGAGCGCCGAGCAUCUUUCAUUCCGAUAA